GCAAAGUUCUACAAUUCUAUUAAUCUUCAAUCCUACCCCCACUAACAACAAAAUCUAAAACAAAACCAUAAAAAAAAAAGAAAGAAAAGAAAAUAUAACAUUGAAGUAUAAUACAAGUUAGGGGCUAUUUGAAACCGGAGCUUACGUCGUCGUUUCAUCUCGUUGCUCUAGGGAUUAGUAGUCCUAAAACCCUCAAAACUCCCCAAAACCCCCUGCGGCGGUGCUACUGGAAGCUGCCGCCAAAAAACAACAUCUUUCAACCUGCCUCCGGUACCUCUCAUCCUUACUUAUUCCCAAAAAUAAUGUCGGACGACGGGGAAAUGUACGGUGAUUCAAGCGAAAUGCCUACGCAGAAGUUAAACUCCCUGAGAAUUACUGAUCUUGAUGAUGAUGAUGAUGAAGAUGGAGACGUUGUUCCUCAAGCUCCCGUUGAUAUUCUGGAGGAUGACGACGAUGAUGAAGACGACGAUUAUGAGGACCAAGAACCCGUGUCACUGGGAUUUCUGGAGAAACCUAAAAAUUCUUGGUCUGUAAGGAGAGAGUUGUUUCCUAGCAUAGCUGGAGGGACCCCAGCAUGGCUUGAUCCAGUUAACUUUCCCAGUGGGACGUCUUGCCUUUGUGAUUUUUGCGGCCAACCUCUGCAGUUUUUGCUUCAGGUUUAUGCACCCCUUUCUCAGAAGGAAUCCACAUUCCACCGCACCUUAUUUGUUUUCAUGUGUACAUCAAUGUCAUGUCUUCUUAAAGAUCAACACGAUCAAUGGAAGCGAAGGCCCGAAAAGGCAUCACGGAGUGUGAAGGUUUUCCGUUGCCAAUUGCCCCGCUUGAACUCGUUUUACUCUAGUGAGCCCCCGAGAAACAAUGGCAGUGAUAAACCUUCUACAGCUGGAGCUGUUCUCUGUAGCUGGUGUGGUACUUGGAGAGGAGAUAAAACUUGUGGUGAUUGCAGGAAAGUGCGUUACUGCUCUGAGAAACACCAGACUGCUCACUGGCGAUCAGGCCAUAAAGUUGAAUGUCGACAGCCCUUCCUUGCACCUGUGACACCUGAGUCUACCUCCAAUGCUGUGUCGUCAGAUACACAAAAGGUGGCUAGCAAAAAUAUCUGGCCCCAGUUUGAGAUUGUACAUGAGGAUGAAAGUGAAGCUGAGAACUCUGAGCAUGAAGGAUUUAACAAGUCUUUAGUUUCCCCCAGCAGAGUGGAUGAAUCUGUAAAGUCAUUGCUGGAGACAUUUGAGGUUGGUGGCGACAAAAAAUCUUGGGCAACUUUUCAAGAGCGAAUAUCACGGGAUCCUGAGCAAGUCUUGAGGUACUAUCGGUCUGUGAGAUCCAAACCACUAUGGCCUUUGUCGAGUGGCCAACCAUCAAGAAUGGAUAUUCCUAGGUGCAACUACUGCAAUGGGACACGAGCUUGCGAAUUUCAGGUGCAUAUGAAGUCCUAAUUUCAUGGUGUCUGUAUGAAAGUCUUCACUAAUUCCCUUGUGUGCCCUUCUGUGUUUUACCUGUCAAUAACUGCCAAACUGCUGUGGUGUGAAUUUGUGACUUGGUUUCCCCUUACAGAUAUUGCCACAGUUGCUUUUCUACUUCGGAGUGGAGAAUAACCCAGAUUCACUCGACUGGGCAACCAUUGCUGUCUACACGUGCGAAGCUUCAUGUGAUGAAAGCACAGUGUACAAAGAAGAGUUUGCAUGGGUCCAACUUGCAUCUCAAUCAACAACGGUACGAUGAAAUAUGGAAAGAGGUUUGGCCACCAUUUCAUGUCCACCAACACCUAGUCCUUUUCUUCUUUCUCCUGAGUUAAGCGAUGAGAUUGCCAGCCCUGGAAUCAUGUGAUUUCUUGUUAUUGACUUCUGUGGAUUCCUUCAACAAUUGUUAAUCUCGAGUGAUGAUGACAAUUGUGCAUCAUUGGUUUUGUACUCAUUGUUAAUGUAUAUUGAGAUAUACAUAGUCGUUGUCACAGUUGCUUCAGGUUCCAAAGGUUUUUGACAUACGAACACUAGAAUGUUGACUUCUGAACGCUGGCAAAAUAUAAGAGGGAUUUAUAAGACACUCCUCUAAAUGCUUUUUUAGUGCCAUUUGUUUUGGUUUCAGUUGUAGUUACAGUUUAAUAAUAUUAGAAAAAAUUAGUGUUUUUCUUAGUAGGUAUCAUCAACAGGAAUUAGUAUUACCUCAAGUUGAUUUUACAAAAAGUAUGCCUCAAG